ACUGAAUGCAACGCUCCUGAAUGAGCGCAGAGAAUCCGCGACAUUGCGGUUUCUCCUCUCGGUUUGUCAGACCUUAAAUCUGAUCAAUACGCGCUCUCACCACCAAGCUCGCAGCUCGCGUAGCGCGAACGAUACCAAACCAACCGACUCACGCGGCAGCAGCAGUAUUAUUUCAAACCGCAAACCGCUCACAUAUUUUUCGUAUUACUUGUACGUUAUGGGCCCAGCGCAGCGUGUCGGGUGUCGGUGCUGUGUCUGAUUAAUCUUUUUAUCGCGAAAGCCCUACCUGAUUGAUAAGAUUGUGGUGGCGACGGUCGCGAGUGUCAUCGUCGCCUACUGGAGGGUAACGUGUGUGAUAAACGCAAAUAACGAGCGGUGGCCUACUGUGAUCCCGGGGUGCGAUGUUCCUGAACAAUUGAUCAAAUCGCGAGGAAGCUGUGAUUAAACCUGAACCUGUGGGGUUUCGAUCAGGUUGCUUUGUUGUGUGGAUAGCUCUUAAAAGGCAGAACAAGACCAUGGUGAAAGAUCGUCUGAGCGAGUUGAAAAGUAAAAGAAAAUACACCAGCGAUGUCAGCCUGGAUUUGGUACCAUCGAAGUCGCAGGAGGAAAUAUUCUGCAAUCUGGAAAAGUUUUCAGAACUAACAGAAUGGAUCCGCACGAUACGGGCCAACAUAGAGGAAAUGCGCAGCGCCAUCUCGACGCCAUCUUUCCAUUACAAUGACAAAGUGAUCCGUGACAAGGUCGAACGCAAGAUGGACCACAGCCUGGGGCUGUGCAAACAGAUCUACGCCGCCAUCAAGCGGCUCCAGGAGGAACUGGAAGAGGAGGAACGGCGGGGGAGUGUCCUCUUCCGGAUCAAGCACACGCAGUUUCUGGUGAUCAAAGACGACUACCUAAAUGCGUACCGGGAGCACGAGGAGUUCGUCAGCUACUACGAGAACAAGGUGGUCAAUCUGAUGAAGAUGGAAGCGAAAGCAAUGAGCUACAACAUUACGGACGACGAAGCGGCAGAGAUGCUGGCCAGCAAUCAGAUGUCUCCGUUCGUGGGGAAUAUUCUGGAAGAAACGGAACGGGAGCGGCAGAAACUUCGGGACAUUAUGGAGCGGCACUCGCAGUUGAUCGAACUGGAGAAGUCCCUGGUCGAGAUUCGGGAUCUUUUCGUACGGAUAUCGACGCUGGUCAUGGAGCAGGGUAGUUUGGUGCAGGUGAUCGAGUACUACGCGCAGCAGGCUUCGCUGAACACCGAUCACGGAGCGCACCAGCUGGAGAAAGCUCGCGAGUACAAACUGAAGGCCCUGAAGAAGAAAACCUGGCUGCUGAUGUGGGCCGUGAUCAUUCUGGGCGUUCUGGUACUCUUGAUGAUUAUAUUUUAGGUUAGGUUUUGGACUGAGUAAAAGUGUUCAACGAA